UUGAAAUCAGAGAUGGAACAACAAAAAUCAGGAAUUUUUGUAACUGCCUUGAGAAGAUUGGGCUUGCUUAGGAGACAAAUUAUUAAGCCAGAAGAAGUUGACGUGAAGAAAAAGAAAGUGUGUAUUAUUGGUGCAGGACCAGUUGGACUAGCAGCAACAAGACACUUUAAAAGAUAUCAUGAUGUCGAUACCUAUGAAGCUAGAGAUAAAGUCGGAGGAUUAUGGUACUAUGACCCAAUCUCCGAGCUUACUCAUCCUAAUCUCCAAGAAGACGAAUACUACAAGUUCACCGGCUAUCUCCACCCCUCAAUCUACGAAAACAUGACUGCAAAUCUCCCCAAAUACCUAAUGCAACUAAAAGAUUUCCCCCACAAAGAAGACACCAAGACAAUGAUGGAGCCUAAUGACUACCUAAACUACCUCACCUCCUACUAUACCCACUUCAAUCUCUCCUCAAACAUCCACUUAAACACUCUUGUCCUCAAAAUCCGACCUUUAGCCAAAAUAGACCCAUCAUCCUCGCCUCCUCUCUCUGAGGUUCAGAAAAGCAGGCAAUUCUUGGUUAUGACCAAGAACACCUUGACCAAAGCAAUAGGAUAUGAGACUUAUGACCAUAUUGUGUGUGCUCAAGGAAGAAAUAGCAGAAAGUUUAUACCUAAGAUAUCAGGCCAGGAGAGUUGGGACGGACUUCAGUUACACAUGCAUGAGUUUAGGAAGAUCGAUUAUGAUUUAUACAAGGAUAAAAUCAUUUUGAUCAUGGGAACAAAUAUUUCAGCGUAUGAUUAUGUGUAUCAUGUUCUAAUGAGUCCUUGGAAAGCAGAUCCGAAGAAGAUAUAUAUCACUGGAACUACUAUGGGGCUUAUAAAACAGUCUUCAGAUCUUAACCCCUAUGUAGAGAGUGGAAAGAUAGAGUUUCUUACUGAGUUGCCUGUAGAAUUUUUGCCUGAUAAAGAAAUUAAGCUUGAAAAUGGCAGAAAGAUAUACUUGGAUAUUUUAAUGUAUGCAACAGGUUAUAAGUUUAAUUUCCCAUUUUUAUGCAAAGAAGAUCAAAUUUUGGAUUAUUCAGAAGAAGAGGGAAGAUUCAUUUACCCUGGGUAUAAGCGAAUCCUAUCUGCAAGAUACCCAAACUUCUCUUUUUGAGGAAUGGUAACUGGAUCUCCCUUUCCUCUAGCUGGGGUAGAGCGUCAGAUACUAUUCUCUCUUAGUGUAUGUAACGAUUGGGUAAAUUUACCAUCGACAGAAGAGAUGAUUGAACAAUGUGAUCGAGAUAUUGAGUUAAAAGCAGUGUUUAUGAAGAAGAAAAAGGAUAAGGUUUUCAAAUUUGAUUACGUAAUUUUUGCUCCCAAACCCUACGCAGAAGAUCUAAGACAGAUGAUAAAUAGAUCAGGCAAGGUCUACUUCAAAGCAGAUACAGCCUUUGAUAUUUUCGAUGGAGUUGAACUUGUUUAUAUUGAGAAAUUUAUGAAAGGAGAUUACCUUUCAGCAAAACAGACUGAUUUUGAGCAAAUGUUCGAGAAAGAGAUUGCAAUAUUCAAGCAAAAGCCUCCUAGUGCAAAAUAUUUCUAA